GAGGGGACACGGCGGGCGCGGCCCCCGCCCCUGCGCGGCGCUCAGCUCCCUGCCAGCUCCGAGCGGGCUGUAGCCUCGGCUCGGCGCGCACCCGCAGCUCGCAGCCCGCAGCCCCGCGGCGGGGCAUGUAGCCACGGCAGCAGCGGCAGCGGCCGCCGCGGAAUAUGGGCGGGAACCACUCCCACAAGCUCCCGGUGUUUGAUGAGAAUGAGGAAGUCAACUUUGACCACUUUCAGAUUCUGCGGGCCAUUGGUAAAGGGAGUUUUGGAAAGGUAUGCAUCGUGCAGAAGCGAGACACCAAGAAAAUGUACGCAAUGAAGUACAUGAACAAGCAGAAAUGCAUCGAGAGGGACGAGGUUCGCAACGUCUUCCGGGAACUACAGAUCAUGCAGGGCCUGGAACAUCCUUUCUUGGUGAAUCUGUGGUACUCCUUCCAGGAUGAGGAGGACAUGUUCAUGGUGGUGGACCUGCUUCUCGGGGGAGACCUGCGCUACCACCUGCAGCAGAACGUGCACUUCACGGAGGGAGCUGUGAAGCUCUACAUCUGCGAGCUGGCCCUGGCCCUGGAGCAUCUGCAGAGGCACCACAUCAUCCACAGAGACAUCAAACCUGACAACAUACUACUGGAUGAACAUGGGCACGUUCACAUUACAGAUUUCAACAUAGCGACGGUCGUGAAAGGAGCAGAAAAGGCUUCCUCCAUGGCUGGAACCAAGCCCUACAUGGCUCCAGAGGUGUUCCAGGUGUACAUGGAUGGAGGCCCCGGGUACUCGUACCCUGUUGACUGGUGGUCCCUGGGUGUCACUGCCUACGAGCUCCUGCGCGGCUGGAGGCCAUACGAGAUCCACUCGGCCACGCCCAUCGGGGAGAUUCUGCACCUGUUCAAGGUGGAGCGUGUCCACUUCUCCUCCACGUGGGGCAAGGGCAUGGUCGCCCUGCUGAGGAAGCUCCUGACCAAGGACCCCGAGUGCCGCCUGUCCAGCCUGGGAGACGUUCAGAGCGCACCCUACCUGGCCGACAUGAACUGGGACGCGGUGUUGGAGAAGGCGCUGGCCCCUGGCUUCGUGCCCAACAAAGGGAGACUGAACUGUGACCCCACGUUUGAACUUGAAGAAAUGAUUCUAGAAUCCAAGCCGCUUCACAAGAAGAAGAAGAGGCUGGCGAAGAACAGAUCCAAAGAGGGCACGAAGGAGAGCUGCCUGCUGAACGGACACCUGCAGCAGUGUCUGGAGACCGUGCGGAAGGAAUUCAUCAUAUUCAACCGAGAGAAGCUGAGGAGGCAGCAGGGGCAGAGCGGCCAGCUCCUGGACACGGAAGACCGAGCGGGCAGCCAGCCCCAGGGCAAGCUCCGGGACGGGUGCAACAACAACAUCCUCACCCACGCCUGCUCCCGUGGCUGCAGCAGCUAAUCCGCCACCUGCUGCUGCUCCACUGGGACUGCAUUCUCUCUGCCCUGCCCACCUGCCCCUUCUGUGCAGUGAGGACCCUGUCUCACCUCCAGUAACAUCAGAUGCAGAAGGAGCCCGGGGCUCAGAGCCGGGAAGCCUGGGUUCAGAUCCCAGCUCCCCUGCCGAUUCCCCGUGUGAGCUUGGACAAGCCCUGCCCUUUCUGUGCCUGUUUUCUGCAUCUGUCAAAGGGAGUUAAACAGCUCUCUGCCCCACCUCUAAUUACAAGAAUCCAGUUGUAGAGCAGACGCAACACCUUUGACAUUCCUAAAAUUGUUUAUAAAUUCAAAAUAUAACUUUAAAAUUUGAAGCGUACUUUGCAACUCAGUUCUUCCUAGCUGUUAGAUGGGUACCUUCAGAAAAAAAUGCAAGCCUGUAAGGCUAAAGAGAGGCCUGCGGAGUUUUACCCUCCUGCAGACACACCAUUCCCAAAUCCUGGAGCCAAACCUGAAGUGUCUUCAUUUGCAUUCUCUGCGAGAGCACAGUCCUCCUCACCUCCCAACAUGGCGCAUUGUGCAGUCCCCCCUGCUCCCUGAGGUCCUGGGGCUACAGAUGCUUUCCUCCCCUUGCUCCCAGAAGAAUGCCUUCCUCCUUUUAAUUUCAGCAGCCCCAGGCCCUGAGGUACUGGGAUGGCACACAGGGGCCAGCUCAGAUGAGAACUGGGUCAACUGACAUCAGUUAUUCCCAAAGAGAGUCAUAAAACCUCCCCCCAACAUCCAGCAGGGAAGCCGAGCCCUGCAUCUCCUCCUCGAGGAGGUGUCAGUUCAGCUCGUCAGCGUGGUCCUACACAGGGUACCCAACUGGCGUUGAUGAGUUGCCUCCACAUUUGUAAUUAGGAAGCCUAGGCAGGUAGGAAGAUUAUUCUAGGGGGUAAGUGGGUUCUGACAAAAAACAAACUGCUCUAUGAUCUAUUUUGGAAGCAGUUUGCCUUUGAAUAAAGCAUAGACUUUUGAAAUCACACUUCUUUUCAGUGUCCACUCCUGUCGUUUACUAACAGCAAAACCUUAGGCAAUCACUUAAUCACUCUGAGCAUCGGUUUCCUCCUUUUAAAAUGAGGAUAAUAAAACUAAUCUUGCAGAGUUCUUUUAGGGGGAAAUAAAAUCCUAAAUGUAGCACCCAGCACAUGGGGCAGGCUCACUGAAUGGCAGCCUUAUUUUGUCAUCACCAUUGUCAUCAACAUCGUUGCUUGGCGAACCUUUCCCAUUCAUGCACUUGGCAGUUUAGUUUUCUGGAGAAGCAGGCCUGGUCUUUAUGAUUCUGUAACUUUUCUCCCUGGAGUUUGUGACAGCUCUACAUCCCUGUUAAAGUCUGAUCAGGUGUUUAUUUUUUCAUCCAACUUCUGUUUUCACUGUUUACAUCACAAAUCUAACUUUGGUUGUCAAUUUCUUCUCUGAGAUUUCUUAAGAGACACUUUAAUGUAUGGUGUGGUUUUAUACUUUUAUUUUUUAAAAAAAGAAAAGAAAUGUGACUUUUUUCCUCCUUUGAACCAAGACUAUUUCUAGACUGUGAUGCCCAUGUGGUCUACUUGUCUUGCAUACCUUACAGCAUCUUCACCUCUCCAUCGGCACCAUCUUGUCCCCUCCAGGAAAUUACAGGGUUGCUCCACGGUGACCCUAGCAGCACUUAAGUUUUCCUACUGGACUGAGUUCAUGAAUUAUGGUGCAGGAACUGGGAGGAGCCCUAGAGACACUGGAUUUCCUGGGUCUGGUCAAGCCAGCUUUCCUUGUU